GAGGAUCAAGAAAAUGUUGAAGAAUAUUGCAAAGGGGGCUACCACUGCGUACGUAUAGGCAGCAUGUACAACGACCAGUACCGCAUCGUUCGAAAACUUGGCUGGGGUUACUUUUCCACGGUGUGGCUCUGCUGGGAUGUAAAAAAAAAAAGCUACGCAGCCCUCAAAGUCGUCAAAUCAGCAGUCGAGUUUUCGGAUGCUGCUAGAGACGAAAUUAAACUCCUUAAAGCGAUCCUUAACGCGGAUCCUUCUGAUCGAGGUCGCGAGAGAAUCAUUCGACUGUUCGACAGUUUCGAAAUCUAUGGACCACACGGAAAACAUUACUGCCUUGCCACUGAAGUGAUGGGUCCGAACUUGCUUCACCUCAUCGUCCAAUCAAAAUAUCGAGGACUGCCCAUUGCUAAUGUCAAAAUCAUAAUGUACCAGGUUCUGGAUGGCUUGAGGUAUUUGCAUGAGAAAUGCAAAAUCAUCCACACGGACUUGAAGCCUGAAAAUAUUUUGUUGGUACCACAACCAAGGUUUGUUUGGUAUGCAGCAGCCAAAAUCUUCACUACAAUGAACGAUCCAGCAAGCGUCAGUGCCUGUGAGUGGAUUCCUUACAUACAGACGCUAAAAUAUUUUCUCUUGUGUAAACAAAAGCUUAACAACAAAUCAAUAUAUGCAGACAGACUGGUUGAUUCAGACGACAUGACAGUACUGGAGAAGCUGAACACACUUCAUCACAUCAUCAAUCAUCCUCCUUGUUUAACUGGUGAUUCACAAUUCAACAACAACAACAACAACAACAACAUACUUAGCUCAGUCGGUAGAGUGCCACGUCAUGACCUGUCAUCGCGCAUUGACCUGGUUCGAAUAUACUGUCCGUUCGAAACACAAAUGACUAUCAUACGCCAUGAUGCGGUGCUUGCGCAAAACGACAUGUUAUUCAACGGCAAGGACCCAUGCCGAGAUGACUGUCCGAUAAUGGUCAAGAUAGCUGACCUGGGUAAUGCCUGUUGGACAGAUCACCACUAUGCGGACGCCAUACAGACACUGCAGUACAGAUGCGUGGAAACCAUCAUUGGAGCAGAGUACAGUACACCGUGUGAUCUCUGGAGUGUGGCCUGCAUGGCCUUCGAACUUGCAACCGGGGACUUCCUCUUCUACCCACACGCUUGCGAAAACUUCACACGCAGUCAGCACCACCUCGCCCUCUUUGUCCAACUCCUCGGAGAUAUCCCCUAUUACUUUGCUAAGACUGGAAAACAGUAUUCUAAGUAUUUUAACAAAAAAAAACAGAUGAGGUGCCCGGUGGAGAACCGGACGACGAUCUUUCGACUGCUAGUCAAAAAGUACAAGUGGAGUCGUGAGGAAGCGUCCUGUUUCACUCAGUUUCUACUUCCCUUGCUCGUGUACGACCCGGAGAAGAGGGCCUCGGCCUCCCAAAUGCUCCACCACUCCUGGUUCAGU